GGGCGGCGUCUUUCUGCUCAUGCCUGUCAGAAGAUGGCCGAAGCCGGCGAGGCCGCGGCUGGCCCGUCGCCGCCGUCGCUGCUCCUUGGCCCCGGCAGAGCCCUGGGCGAGCUGGGCGGCGGCACUCAGGCCUCGCAGCGGCUCCUGGCCUAUAGCGACGCGCUGCUUUCCAUCAUCGCCACCGUCAUGAUUUUGCCAGUGGCUCAUACAAAAAUCCAUCCUGAUCAGGAACUCAAUGAAAGUGUUCAGCAGCUGCUAGCCACCAAAAUUGCUGUUUAUCUGAUGACAUUUUUAAUAGUAACAGUGGCCUGGGCAGCUCAUGUCAGACUUUUCCAGGUGAUUGAACUCAUUGAUGAUGUUCUUGCGCUUCUAAAUUUGGCCUGCAUGAUGCUGAUUACCUUUUUGCCAUACACGUUUUCCUUAAUGGCCUCCUUUCCAGAUGUUCCAUUUGGCAUUUUCCUGUUUAGUAGCUGUGCUGUUAUAAUCGGCUUUGUCCAGGCAGUCAUUGUCAUGUAUGGAUUCCACCACCCAUAUCUACUUAAUCACCAGAUCCAAGUGUCUGAAAACCAAGCAUUUUAUAAGUAUCAUAUUUUGAAGAUUAUAGUACAAGGACCAACGCUUAGCUUUUGUGCUGCCAUCUUCUCAUUCUUCUUCAUCCCAAUGUCUUAUGUGUUCCUGGGUCUCAUUAUAUUCUACCCACAUAUCCGGCACCUAACCAAAUGGUUUACAAGAAAGACCACUGGUCAGGAAGAGGAACUGCCUUCGGAGUUGUUUACUUUUUAUCUCAAUGAACCUCUGAGCAAGGAAAGAGUAGAAGCCUUCACAGAUGGAGUCUAUGCUAUUGUAGCAACCCUGUUAAUUCUGGAUAUCUGUGAAGAUAAUGUACCUGAUCCUAAAGAAGUUCGAGAUAAAUAUCACGGACAUCUCAUCAACGCUUUGAGCAAAUACGGUCCAAAUUUCCUUGCCUACUUCGGCUCGUUCGUAACCAUUGGGCUUCUCUGGUUCGUCCACCAUUCGCUGUUCCUUCACGUGACGAAGGCAACUCGUCUGAUGGGCCUCCUUAAUAACCUCUCCUUGGCUUUCAUCGGAGGGCUCCCUCUUGCUUACCAGCUGACCAGUAAGUUCGCCAUGAAGUCCCACAAUGAAAUAGAAGCCAUCCAGGUCAGCUGCGCUACCAUUUUUUUUGGCAGCAUCUUCCAGUUUGGUAUAUGGACUGCCGCUCUGUUCUACGAAAGAGAGACGUUGCACCCUUACGCUAGGUAUGGCGGGAAAGAACAUGCCUUUAUGUUUGCCAAGCUUGCUCUCUAUCCUUGUGUCAGCCUGUUUGCCUUCUUCCUUACUUGUGUCCUCAGUGAAUUGAGUGCCACCAUCUUUCAUCUCAUGCAGAUAAUCACCCCAUUUGCCUUCCUUGUGUUGCGUAUCUUUGUCAGAAUAGCACUGAUGACAAUCAGGUACAUCAUGUCCCUGUCCAGGGCACGGGAGAACAUAUUAGAAGAAGAGGAAGCAUGUUUGUCUCCUCCUGAAACGUUGUCCUAGGGUUUUGGUUGUACUUUUACUGUGACAACUGUGGAACUGAUAUGCCUUGAACAUGUCUGACUUUCUGGGUCCAAGCCACGACUGGAUAUAUUCAGCUUGUAAGUUAGGUUGCUUUCUUCAAGCAACAAAAAUGCUUCCGGCGUAAUGGCCGCCAGUGCAAACUCCCAGAAUCUGAAAGUCAUUGCACUGUUGGUUUCUCU